GGGCGGCACUUCCGGGCGGUGCGGCCUAGCGGCGGGGCCCGUUGUCCCGCAGCCAUGGAGAUGCCGCUGCCGCCCGAGGACCAGGAGCUGCGGAAUGUCAUCGACAAGCUGGCGCAGUUCGUGGCGCGGAACGGGCCCGAGUUCGAGAAGAUGACGAUGGAGAAGCAGAAGGAGAACCCCAAAUUCUCCUUCCUCUUCGGGGGAGACUUCUAUGGCUACUACAAGUACAAGCUGGCCCUGGAGCAGCAGCAGCUGUUGUGCAAGCAAAGUCAAGAUCUGGAGGCUUCUGCACAGAUCCAGCCCCUGCCACAACCAACUCUCCCCCCGGCUGCACCUCUCCCGACCCCUCAGGGAACUCCCUCCGUGGAGGAGCUGAUCCAGCAGAGUCAGUGGAACCUGCAGCAGCAGGAGCAGCAUCUCCUGGCUAUGAGACAGGAACAAGUCACAUCAGCAGUAGCCCUUGCAAUUGAGCAACAAAUGCAGAAAGUUUUGGAGGAAACUCAGUUGGAUAUGAACGAGUUUGACAACUUGUUGCAGCCAAUCAUUGACACCUGUACAAAAGAUGCAAUCUCAGCUGGCAAGAACUGGAUGUUCAGUAAUGCAAAGUCUCCUGCCCACUGUGAGCUGAUGGCCGGGCACCUGCGGAACCGCAUCACGGCCGAGGGAGCUCACUUCGAGCUCCGCCUGCACCUCAUCUACUUAAUCAAUGAUGUCUUGCACCACUGCCAACGGAAGCAAGCUCGGGAUCUGCUGGCAGCUUUACAGAAGGUGGUUGUGCCCAUUUAUUGUACCAGUUUUCUAGCAGUGGAGGAGGAUAAGCAACAGAAAAUUGCCAGACUCCUUCAACUAUGGGAGAAAAAUGGGUACUUUGAUGAAUCAAUCAUUCAGCAGUUACAGAGCCCAGCUCUUGGACUUGGCCAGUACCAGUUGGGUGCAAGUGAUUAG